AUGAACACAUUAGCAGAGAUAUAUUUGAAUACAUUUCCAAAAAAGCUCCGUUUUGAUCGAGCUAGUCAGAUUCUUUACGCACAAUGCUAUUUAGUAUUGAAGCAGUAUAAAAACAAGAAGUAUAUUCCGAAGUCCGAAAUACAGGAUAUUCUAGACCAAUACGCUCCCCUGCCUGGAGCUCCAUGGUCUCAACUUCCUUUUGUGCGUCAUAUCCUUUGCAUUCGCAUUAUCAAUGUCUUAAGGGUCUUCAUGGGACGAAAAUCGUGGCUUUAUAACCGCAAUGUUGAUGAGGAGUAUACAAAGAUAAAGAACUGGCUUGACAAGGAGGAUAAAAUACGCUUGGGAAAGGAGAAAUUAUCGCCCAAUAUUAGAGGUAGCCGAGCAAUAAUGAACCCGGGUAAUUUUAUCGAAAGAGAGCGAUUUGACCGGGAGCUUCUUUCGACCAUUUCUGUGGCCACAAUGUACCAGCGCAUGGCUCGACUUGGCAUGGUAUGCGCCCUUUUUCUCAUGGGGCUUCUCUUUGCGGCCGUGCUCACGGACUAUUUUAUUUAUUUGAUGGUGCGCUUUUGGUGGCGGAUGGAUCGCGCCGGGACACUUCUGUGGCUGCGUGAGGUCAUGGAGAGACAUGUGGCCACGGAGGUUCCCCCAGCGUACAAGGAUUUACUGCCCCCUCCCUGUGAGCGGAUUGUGAAUCGGGACCAGGAGGCGAUUUACACUGUUAAUAUUGUCGAGUUAACGUCUGAUGAACGUUCAAUUACCGUGAUGGCGGUGCCUUGUCCGUUGGUGGGGGAAAAGGAGUUUUUUCAAGAGGUCGGCAGGCUCGCCGCGUCCUGCGAUUGUGUGGUUGCCGAAGGAGUGAGCUUCGAUAAGGUGGAUAAGCUUCAGCCUGCGAUGUUGUUUCCGCUGCGUACUAACACGUUCCCCUCCUUCGGUGUUCAUCACCGCUUUUUGGACAUUUUACGUCCAACUGCUGGCGAUGAACCGCCUUUACUUUAUCCGGCCGGAUCAACUAUCGGAUGGAAUGCAUUUUUGAAGCAAGUUUUUAUCCCUUUUGAGGUCCGCGCUGUGAUUCACCCCACAAUGCUUUUCGCAACCAAAGCAGAAGCGCGUAUUGGAUGGGGUCGUCUACGUGCCGUCAUCGAGGAGGUCGCGCCUCUUAGCGCGAAGACAAAGGGUUCUACUGCCAGCGGUGGUCAAAAUAAGGGAAGGCCACCGCACUACGUCAUCUGUAUCCCAUGGACAGUGAACCAAAUCAUGAACUUGGAGGCCAGUUUGAUAAAGAUGGGCUUUAAGGUCAAGCGUGUUUUCCCAUUGCACUGGAUCCCCGAGGACUAUAUGGGCAACUGUUUCUGCGAUUACUACCGUUUUUAUGCCUAG